AUGUCUCGCAACUUGCAACGCAAAUCCGCUGUGACUCCUGCCCAGAAGACGGUGCAGAAGAGUUCUAUACCUACCGACGAUUCCUCUGAUGAGGAUGGCUAUGAAGGGGUGGACCAGAUCUCUGACUCUGAGGAGGAUGAGCCAGAUGUUGAGGCGGCCGAGGAGGACGUGAUUAGAGCCUUCGAAGAAGAAGGUCUAACUCCUCGGCCGGAAUCAGAUGACGAGAGUGUGAUGGAUCUACCAUCACCAAGCUUUUUCAACGAGCAUGUCGAAGCCAUCGAACCAAACUACUCCAGCGGCUCCUCUAACACCGCCGGGUCACCAGACCGACGCGUCCACUUCGAUCUUUCGGAUGAUGACAGUGAAUCUGGAGAUGACAAAGAAUACCCGGAUAUCACAUUUUUUGAUCUCGACAGCCUUGCCCCUCAUUUCCGUCAGAUGAUUGAUGAAGAUGUGGACAAGGAGGCGAAUUCAGACAACGAAGGAUGGUGGCCAUCAGAGGAAAGUGAAGAAGAUGUUGCGGAUGAGGGGGAAGCUACGGACAGCGACAGUUCAGAUUCAUCUGGUUAUCUAACGGAUGAAGGUGAAACUACUGAUGAAGACAUCCCAACAACAGUCCAUGCUCCGACUAGAUCUGUUCUCCGACGUAUCUCUGAUGCCUCUUCCUCUGAAGAUGAAGCCCCUGCCCGUGGUCCGGUGCAAAAGAAGAGACCAAAGCUCUCGCCAUUCAUCCAUGAUGGCAGGAAGCGUUAUGCCAUGCUGGAUUCCACUGGCAAGAAGAUGAUUAUGUUCGGCCCCAAUCGUCGCUUCAGCGCAGAUGGGACAACCAAGCGUCCACAAUUACAGCAGAUCAACUACGAGCAAAUGGCUUUGAAUUCUUCUCCCAUGAUCAGCAACUCAGGGAACCUCAUGAUGACUGCUAUGUCAUACAGCCAAGACUUCUCGCUCUUUGGAGGUCAAGCUAUGGGCCCAUCAGAAGCUUUCUUCCCAUUCGAUGCCCCCAAUAUUCAGGACAACUCCUCCGUUGAAUACGAAGAUGAUGAGUCCGACCCUGAGGCAAAUCUGAACUUAGACACGUUCUUCGAUUUCGGGGAGGAGACCGACGAUGAGAACGAAGCUGAAGAACCCGUUGGCUCGCCCCUCGAACAAACCACACCUGCUCAAGCCACCCGCAUUCGAAGCGAAGACCAAGUCCACCCCCUCCUGCACCUCAACAGUGGUGUUGUCGGACAAUUCCGUGAAAAGCACACCCAUAAGAAUGUCAAGAAGCGCAACCAAGUCUCGACCGCGGCCCUCGCCUUCGAAGGUCCCUACAACCAAGGUCCCAUCCAAGGUCUCAAGCCAAACCGCAUCCGCCACGCCAACGAGCCCAUUACACCGAUGCCGAGGAAGCUCAAGCCUGCGAACACCAUCGGCUCGAGUCCCGGCAGUCCUCUGGCGAACGUGGCGCAGGCGAACAGGAAGCGCAAGUUCGAUGGCCAAGAGUUUCACGGGCAUAAGCGGAACAAGAGCGUGUUCUGA